AAGUGCUUCGGGCAGCAGCCUCCUUCCAGGCUGCGGCCCCUGCCGGUUACAUAACUCGUUGCGGGCUGCGAGCGGCCCCACUUCCUGGCUCCCUGAGAACCGAGGAUGCGCUGAGCCCCACAACGCCGUCCGCUGCCGCCGGCUCCCUCCCGAGGUGUGAAUGACAGAGGUGGUGCCAUCCAGCUCCCUCAGCGAGGUCAGCCUGCGUCUCCUCUGCCACGAUGACAUAGACACCGUGAAGCACCUGUGCGGCGACUGGUUCCCCAUCGAGUACCCAGACUCAUGGUAUCGUGAUAUCACCUCCAACAAGAAGUUCUUUUCCCUUGCCGCAACCUACAGGGGCGCCAUCGUGGGAAUGAUCGUAGCUGAAAUAAAAAGUAGGACCAAGAUACACAAGGAGGAUGGAGAUAUUCUAGCCUCCAGCUUCUCUGUUGACACGCAGGUUGCGUACAUCCUAAGCCUGGGAGUAGUGAAGGAAUUCAGAAAGCACGGCAUAGGUUCCCUAUUACUUGAGAGUUUAAAAGAUCACAUAUCAACCACCGCCCAGGACCACUGCAAAGCCAUCUACCUGCACGUCCUCACUACCAACAAUACGGCUAUAAACUUCUACGAAAACAGAGACUUCAAGCAGCAUCACUAUCUCCCCUAUUACUAUUCCAUCCGAGGGGUCCUCAAAGAUGGCUUCACCUAUGUCCUCUACAUCAACGGUGGCCACCCUCCCUGGACCAUCCUGGACUACAUCCAGCACCUGGGCUCUGCGCUAGCAAACCUGAGCCCCUGUUCCAUCCCGCACAGGAUCUACCGCCAGGCCCACAACCUGCUCUGCAGCUUCCUGCCAUGGUCAAGCAUCUCCACCAAGGGCGGCAUCGAGUACAGCCGGACCAUGUGACGCCAGCCGGGCAGUCUCUGCCAGGCCCCACCCCUCGGCACCCUGUGGAAACCACCUUCCCGGCCAUCUGACUUCUGC